CCCCCUUUGGUUUCUGCAAGUCUGUGUGCUGUCUGCUGUGUGCUGUUUGCUGUGGAUGAGGUUCCCAUGUGGCAACCUCCUCCUCCUCCUCCCCUCCUCUCCCUUUCCUCCGCCUCCUUUCCCCUCCCCUCCCCUCCCCUUCCCCGGAUCAGCUGUACUGCACUCAUCAGAUAUUUCUCCCCCCAAAUUUUCUUCGCUCUCGAAAUCUCCUCCUGUCUCGCUGAGCGCUCUUGCGGUCGGCCUCGGCCUCGGCCCCGGUUUUCGCGCAAAGCUCGGAUUUUUGCCGCAAAGCUCGGGGAUUUAAUUCGGAGGUCGAUCGGGAUUCGUGGUGGGUCUUCUCCGCGAGGUGCGCGCGCGGGGGCCCGACAGGAUCAGGCCAUCGAGUCCUCGUCAUCGUCGUCGUCUUCUUCUAAACUUGUCCAUGGCCAUGGCCGGUGCCGUGCUGCUGCUUGAGUGCUACUAGCGACGGAUUGCGAGAUGAGGCGGGGAGGCGGCAAGGAUGAGGCGGCGGAGAAGGUGAUGGGGCCUCUCUUCCCUCGCCUCCACGUCAACGACACCAUCAAGGGCGGCCCCCGCGCGCCGCCCAGGAACAAGAUGGCGCUCUACGAGCACUUCAGCGUCCCCUCACACCGCUUCGCCACCAACGCCACAGCGCCCGCGCCGCCAUGGCAAGCGCACCGCCCUGCCGGUGGCUCUGGCGGCGCGGCGACCUCCACUGUGCCAUCCACGUUGCCCAGCCAGGUUGGCGGGGACGAUAGACCCCUCUUCCCAUCAUUUUGUGUGCCUUCAACUGAACCUGUUCGUUCUUCAGAUCAUAUGAAUACCAACUCCAAUAGGCUGGCUGGCAACGCUACAAGAGCAGAAUCUGGGAGGCAAUCCACACAGCUUAAGAGCAAGGAUACAUAUGCUGCAGGAUCAGUUGCGGAGUGUAGUUCACAACAUAAAGAGAACAAUAAGAAUUCUUCCAGGAAGAAGUUGACUAACGAUGAUGAUUUCACAGUUCCUUCUGUCUUAUAUUCUGGAAUACCUCCACAUUCCACUCGAGAAAAAGUGGUUACCCAAGAAAAGUUCACACCCUUCCCCACCACAAGUCCAUAUAAGACUGGGCCUACAAUGUCUAAAUCGUCUGCAAAGGGUUUGAAUGCUGACAAGAGACACUUGGAAGGAAUCAAUGUUUCUGAUGCGAAAUCGAGGGAGUCCCCAAGUAUUAAGGAGAAAGAACCAGCAAAAACGGUGAUAGACUUGGAAAUCGAAGAGAGAACUUCAUCAUUUCAAACAUGUAAAGAGAAGUUGGGGAGACCAGACCCAGAGGUAUCUUCAUAUAGGGACAGGUUGAGCAAUUUUGAUGGUGCUGAUAAGCAACAUUCUGAAAUUGAAGGUUAUCAGGUGAGAAGUGGGGAGAAUGCUGUUGAGACCCAGAACCCUCCAAAAAAUGGAACUCUGCCAUCCUCUAAAUCAUAUACUGAUAUGGAAUUGAAUGGUAAUUCUAAUCUAUUGGACCAUGGCUUAAAAGAGACAGGUGAGAAGAGGAAAAGGUCACAUCACGAUGUGGAGCAAAGGGAUGAUUUGUCUGAUUCCUCAGUAGAAUCUCUACCUGGAAUGGAGAUUUCUCCAGAUGAUGUUGUCAGUGCUAUUGGUCCAAAGCAAUUUUGGAAAGCUAGGAGAGCUAUUGUCAAUCAACAGAGGAUUUUUGCUGUCCAAGUAUUCGAGCUGCAUAGGUUGAUCAAAGUGCAGAAGAUGAUUGCGGCAUCUCCACAUCUACUUAUCGAGGGAGAUCCAUGCCUUGGCAAAGCCUUGGUGGCGAGCAAGAAAAAGCUGGCUGGAGGAGAUGUGGAAAAGCAGCUUCCAUCUGCUAAAAACAACAAUGAUGUACAACCAACGCUGCAGCAGCUAGAGUACUCAAAGGAUAACACCGAUGGGAACCAGCCUUCACCAUCUCAAGAUGAUGUAGCUGGAGUCCAACAUGAUAAUCAAGCUGCUACAAAUGGUGUCAAUAGCAGUAAUCCUCCCGCAAUGCCUACCUCUGACAACAAGCAGACCAGUUGGUGCAUUCCUCCACCACCUCCGAAUCAGUGGCUUGUUCCUGUCAUGUCUCCGUCUGAAGGACUUGUCUACAAACCUUAUACCGGGCCCUGCCUUCCGGCAGGAAGUUUCUUGGCCCCAUUUUAUGCCAGCUGCACUCCUGUAAGCCUCCCAUCCACAGCUGGAGAUUUCAUGAAUUCGCCAUACGGUAUUCCUAUGCCGCAUCAGCCGCAACACAUGGGUGUUCCUGUUCCUCCACCCAUGCCACCGAUGUACUUCCCACCUUUUAGCAUGCCGGUGAUGAACCCGGCAGCCUCAGCCUCUGCAGUUGAGCAAGCGAGGCAUGUUGCUGCCUCACAGCCUAAUGGACACAAAGAACAGCAUUCAAUAAGCUCGUGUAGCAUGUCUCACUUGAGGAGCGAAGCAGUGUCAGCUGGCAUUUGGAGAUUCCACGCAUCAAGAGACAGUGAGCUGCAAGGCAGUAGUGCUAGCAGUCCUUUGGGCAGGCUGCAAGGUGAAGGGAGGUCUGGUCCUGCGCCACCCUUUCCUGCAUCUUCAGCUGGAAACGGGCAACCUGAACCCUCCUCUGGGAGCAGGGACAAUACCGGCCGCAUCAUUAGGGUUGUUCCACACACUGCCCGUACUGCCUCAGAAUCAGCAGCGCGGAUUUUCCAGUCAAUACAGAUGGAGAGACAACAAAAUGACUUGUAACCCACAACUGUAUCCUGUAUGUGAUUACUUGAUUUGGUAGACUUAGCCGAGAGCUUAGACAAUUAGUGCUAGUUUCUGUAUUAUUUAGUACCAGUAAUAGCAGUUACAUAUUAUCGGCAUUAACUGUAAAUAUGCGCACAAAGGCUCUGUCAGAAUCAUGGCCUUGUAUCUGUCUGUAGCUAUGUUGGUUUAUGCUGUAUACAGAAACUGGGAUUUUGUACUUAUGAAAUGUUCUUCUUUAUGCUGGCUGC